CGCAAGGCUGUACGCUUCCUUACACGUUCCUCGUUGGUGGUGCUAAUGCUGGAGAAGCGCUUGACAUGGUUGAUUAAGUCGUACUUCGAGCUAAACCCGGGGUGAUAAUACUAGUGAUUUGCAUCCUGGCAAAAGGCGCUAUAUAAACUCAGCUAUUGCAGAACACCGGUCAGACUGGAUUUGCUUUGGCCGGACGAUGUGACCAAAUCUUACUUUAGCACUGCAUAUAAAAGUAUUUUUGAAAAAAAAAAUGGACCAGAACUCAGAGGAAUCGGCCCCAGUGGUCGGGGAACUGAAGGAGAAAGAACUCCAAGAAGGCGAGAUUGGGAAUAAAAAAGGAAGGAGAGAUCGCGGGACCUGGACCAGCCAAUUGGACUUUCUUCUGACUUUGAUAGGAGCAUCUGUGGGACUUGGAAAUGUUUGGCGAUUCCCUUAUUUGUGUUACAAGAAUGGAGGAGGAGCUUUCCUGAUUCCUUAUUUCAUCUGUUUGAUUCUUGGUGGGAUUCCGCAGUUGAUACUUGAGGUCGGUCUUGGGCAAUGGACCAACCAGGCUGCCGUCACUUCCUGGGACAUCUGCCCGAUCUUCAAAGGUCUCGGUCCUGCGGGGAUGUUCAUCCAGUUCUUUUUCGACAUCUACUACAUUGUCAUUAUGGCGUGGGCCUUCUAUUACAUGUUCAUGUCGUUCACAUCCAAGCUACCAUACUCCCACUGCGACAACGAGUGGAAUACUCCUUGCUGCUUUGCAACGGGCGAUGUCGGCGUUGACAAGGCGAAUGACACCACUGCAAUGACGACGACCGCAAUGUCGUACGACCCGACCGGGGCACCGUCCACCAACGUCAUCGAGCAUUGCAAUGAAACAGUUUCAUCGACUGUUGAAUUCUGGGAUCGCAAGAUUCUCCAGAUACAUCUAUCUGAUGGCAUCCAUGACCUUGGUGGCAUCAACUGGCAGCUCCUACUCUGCAUGUUGCUUGCAUGGUUCAUAUGCUAUCUCUGCAUUUGCAAAGGCGUCAAGACAUCGGGAAAGGUGGUCUACUUCACAGCGCCAUUCCCGUAUAUCCUCCUGACUAUUCUAUUGGUCAGGGCGGUCACCCUACCCAAUGCUCUGGAGGGCAUUAUAUAUUAUCUUAAGCCAGACAUCACAAGACUUAGCGACAGCCAGGUCUGGAUGGAUGCUGCGACACAAAUCUUCUUCUCAUAUUCCCUUGGACACGGAGUUCUUAUUGCUCUGGGGAGCUACAACAGACACAAACAUAACUUCAUUAGGGACUCCUUAAUAUUCACUGCUGCUAAUUCUGGAACCAGUCUCUAUUCUGGCUUCGUCAUCUUUGCAGUACUCGGAUUCAUGGCCGGCCAGCAGGGUGUCAAUGUAUCAGAGGUAGCAAAGUCAGGACCAGGACUGGCUUUUAUUGCGUACCCCGAGGCUCUCACCCAGAUGCCCGUGUCAGCUCUUUGGGCUGUCCUUUUCUUUCUAUGUCUUAUUGUCCUGGGCCUAGACACUCAGUUUGUUGGAGUAGAAGGACUCAUCGCUACGAUUGUCGAUUUAUAUCCUAAUACUCUCCUCAAGGGGCUUCGUCGUGAAUUGUUAUGUGUCUUUGUCUGUUUGGUCUUCUGUUUAGCUGGAAUACCUAUAUGUACUUAUGGAGGCAUGUAUAUCUUCCAAUUGUUCGAUUAUUAUGCAGCCAGUGGCUUUGUUCUUCUUUGGGUUUCUAUGUUUGAAAGCUUUGCCAUCGGAUGGGUUUACGGUGGGCGUCGAUUUAUGAAGAAUGUCACUGAGAUGUCUGGUGUUAGAUGGAUUGCUCCUUACAUGAUAGCAUCAUGGAUCUGUCUCUCUCCACUUUUCACUUCUGCAAUCUUUGUCUUUAGCCUGGUGAAAUACAAACCCCUGACGUACAAUAAUACCUACGUGUACCCAUGGUGGGGCUAUAUGAUCGGCUGGGUGCUCGCUCUCGUUUCCAUGGUCAACAUCCCUAUCGUCUUCUUCUAUCAGUUGAUCUUCAGCGCCCACGGAUCACUGAUCGAGCGGUGGCACGUCCUGACCACUCCGUACCUGCCCCACUGCCGAAGUGAAACAGUCAACGCCCCCAACGUCUACAUGGUGGAGCCUAGCUUUCUAAAUAUUGAACUUGGCCUCAACAACGAUGCUGACAGCGAUGGCUUACAGAAAGAUGACGCAGACGCAUCUCCACCGCCUUACGAUGUAUCCAUCGACAGUGUCUAAAACGGUUUAUCUUCAAUUUGUCUACUGCCAAUUUGUCAAAUUACCAAGUGUUAUUAUAAUAACCGGUUGCUCCAAUCGCCAUUUAGUCCAUAUACCAUUUG